AUGCUCUGUUUCAUAUCCUUCCUUCUCUGUUUUCUCUUCCCUCAUUCAUUAGCCCGACAACAACCUGCUCUGCAAUUUCCUAAUCUCAACUUCGACUUGCCAGGAACCCUCCUGGACACAGUUUGUGACUCGACAGGCAAUCUAUAUGCCCUCGGCCAAGACUCAUUAGCAACCUUUCUCGUGAAACUUUCCCCAUCUCUCGACCUCAGAUGGCGUAUCAACAUUCCCUCCAGUCCUGAGAUCGUUCCUGCUUUAGCUUUCGAUCACGCCGCGGGCUUGUUUGCUGCUGCUGCCGUUGCCCAUACAGAAUCCGUACAAACAUCGGAAUCUUUUAUACCUGCAGAUAUCGUCCUCUACCAGAUUAAUACGUCCAAUGGAAGUCUUAUUGCUUCGGUUUUGGUGAAAUCAGCUCAAAUUCUCUCUGGUGCCCACAUCCAGUGCAUAUCCGGAACAACUUCGGUCAUUUUCUCUUUUAUAUACGUCGCAUUUAUCUCCCUGGGAACUUCUGGCUCAGAAGAUGCUAGUACCAGGGUCGUACAGCUGCAAAAAUCUAGUUCUGGGUCAUUGACGUCAAUCUGGGGUCAAAAUCUUUAUACUGCAGACUACAGUGCGACUUCUUUUGGUAUUGCCGACACCUUACAAGGUGAGCAAAUAAUAGUUGUCGCUCUUAGCAGGAGCAGACUCGCUGGGGUCCCUCAUAAACUCUCCGCAUUUAUCUUGGACAGCGAAGGAACCAUUUCUCAAAAAGGGAGCACGGCCGCCUCGUCUGCGCAAUCGAAAAUAUCCAACCUCGCAGUUGAUGAAAGAGGUGUAUUAUAUGUCGGUGAAAGCCCGCGCUGGUUGCAUCGGCUUGCGCUUCGCUCAUUGAACGGUGCCGGAUUUCUUGUGUCUCUGUGGAACGUUUCUGAGAUAAAUGUGGUGGAUAUGGCCGUGUUAAACAAUGGGUCGGCUAUUUACGUCUUAUCAAAAAGAGAGAGUUUUCGAAAUGAUGGUGCCAUCGUUGUGCGGACAAAAAAGGCGGUUCUUUCGGUGUUCAACGAAUCUGGCAGCUUGCAAUCUCAAUAUGAGCAUAAAGACAUAAUUCCGGAUUCUAGCCGAGAACUGUCUUCACUAAAGCUUACUGAUCCGGAGAACAGCAGCUCUGCAGUCUUGGGAGGUUCUUUUCAGAUGCCAGAACGAGAACGAUGGAUAUCCAUUGGCUUGUUCACGUUUCCUAAACUAGUUGAGAGUAACCACAACGACAAAGAGUCGCUGGCUCCUCCCGCACCAGACUCGAGUCUCCCGGAAACCUCCGUUUCGAAGGGAAAUUCAACCUUGGUCGUUGUCGGGGUCAGUACUGGAAUGGCUGCUUUUUUUGUGGCAGUGGGAGUCGCCCUCCUCGUUCUUUACAGAAGAGGUUUGGGUAUUAAGGAGGACGAAGACGUGUCUGCAGGAGGCGGUGCUACCAAUACUCAGGACGAAACCAUUACACAGAGGCCUUCCGGAAAGGAGUACUUGCAGCACAACAACAUCUUAGUUUGA